AUGGAAAACCAUCCACUUAAUGAAGGAUUUAUGUUAUUGUCUAAUAAUCAUAAACAAUCUUCGUCGACAAUAUCUAGUUCAACUUCAUUGAUUGUAAUCAAUAAAAUUUCUACAUCAGAUAAGAUUUCAUCAAUAACAUGUAAGACUAAAACAAUAGUGGAAAAUUUAAAUCAUACUAUUUCUUCGAUUAUUGAUUAUACAGUUGAUCAUCUUGGUAAACGAGUAUCAAACGAGUCAAAUUAUGAUAAUGAUGAAAUUGACAGUUUCUUGAAAGUUGAUGAUGAAAUAUUAAGUAAACAAAUAGUCAAUAGUGGAUCAACAGUUGAUGGCAGUGGUUAUACAACAGAAGAAACAACAGAACAAACUUCUGUAUCAUUAAAUUUAUGGAAAUUUUCAAUAAUUUCCUCAAAAUUCAUUUCAACCAUUUUAGAGUCCACUAUAAAAUCUAGUGAACCAAUAACAAGUCCGUCGGUCACAACCGGUACAAUUACGUCUACAACAACUUCGACAACAACUACAACUAUUCCAUUUGAGCCUCCAACUCUUCCUAAUAAUACAAUGUUUAUUAUGAAAAUUAAUUGUACAAAUGCAAAUAAUACAUUAUUUGAUAUUUUGACAAGAAUCAACGCAACACUUUCUCAUUAUACUUAUAGUGUAUCACCGAAUUAUAAUGAACUUGAGUGUAAUGACUCGACAGCUGAUGUUACAUUAAAUUUUAAUAUUCCUGAUAAUAUUACCAUAUCGAAUGAUUUAUAUGAACUUCUUGAUAAUAUAGCAUUAUCUAUUCCUGUUCCACUAGUUGCAUUAAAUCCAUGUGGUAACAAUGAAACAGUACCAGUUAUAAAUGUUACAUCAUGUUUUCUUAUUAAUCUAUGUCAUUUAUGUGGAAUUCCUCCACGUGGUGUAUGUUUACCUGAGAAUGGUUUAAGUAAAUGUGAAUGUUUUGUUAAUGAAAAUGAUACAUCAAGACCUUAUAUUGGUGAUCGUUGUUUACCACCACCAGAUUUAAUAACAACAACAACAACAACACCACCUAGUUCUCCUUCUCGUUGGACACCAAUUAUAAUUGGUAUUGUAACUGGUUUAGCUAGUCUAUUUUUGGCUACGACAUGUUGCCUUUGGGCACUAGCUGCUUGGCGUCGUCGACGGCAUCAUAAAGAUGAUCUACGAAUCUUUCGUUUAUGGCAUCUACCAAGAGCUAAAGUACCAACGUCAGCUACACAAAAUAAUGUUCAAAAUCCUUUGUAUAAUAAUACAACACCUACAGAUGCUAGUAGUAGUAAUCCAAGUGAAUCUGAUGAUAAUCAAAGUAAUAUAACAGAUAGUACAUUUUUUAAAGAACUUGAUCAAAAAAUGGGUGAAAAUUUACGUGCAACAAUAGCAAGACCAAAUACAAAUGCUCUAUUAUCAAGUUUACCACCAGAUACAAUAUCAACAAUAAGUAGUAAUGAUCCAAUUGAUGAACUUGAUGCAAUUAUUGAUAAUGACGAUUUAAAUUUAACAUUUCAUGAUUCAUUAGAUGAUCUUUAUGAAGAUAAUGAAAUACUUGAAGCUGUAAAUCCAAAUGUUAAAUUACCAAGACCAAAUAUUGAUUCAAAACCAUCAGGCUUUUUUUCGUUCUUUAAUUGA